CGCGCGAGAGAGCCAGCGGUGACCGGGGCAACGAGCGGUGACCGAGCGAGGGGAAGGUGGUGCUGGCGGGUCGCUGCCACUCCGCGCCAGAGUCGGCGGUUAGAGGCGGGGCCGGCAGCCCGGGACCGGAAUCAGAAUUGCUUGGAUUCAACACCGCGAUUCCAACCAUGGGUUUGUCUGUAUCUACCCCUGCUGUUGCAGUUCAGACCUCAGAUGCUUCAGAUCACCAGACAGCAGCCCCGCCUUCGGGAUGCCCAAUGCAUGAAGGGAAAAUGAAAGGCUCUGCAGUGAGUGCCGAGCCAUCCGACCCAACCUGUGGGAGCAAAACGAGCUCUGUGCCUGCACACCAAGAACGCGCGUACGAGUACGUGCAGUGUCCGGUCACCGGCGCGAUGGCUGAGAAUAAAGAGAACCUAGAUCCUUCUAACCUGAUGCCACCACCUAAUCAGACGCCGGCCCCCGAUCAGCCGUUUGCGCUAUCUACUGUGAGACAGGAGUCCUCUAUUCCGAGGGCAGAUUCAGAUAAAAAGUGGGUUUAUCCUUCCGAACAGAUGUUCUGGAAUGCGAUGUUAAGGAAAGGGUGGACAUGGAAGGAUGAGGAUAUUAGUCAGAAAGACAUGUAUAAUAUCAUUAGAAUUCACAACCAGAACAACGAGCAGGCCUGGAAGGAAAUUUUGAAGUGGGAAGCCCUUCACGCUGCGGAGUGUCCUUGUGGUCCAUCACUGGUCCGGUUUGGAGGGAAAGCGAAGGAGUAUUCACCAAGGGCAAGAAUUCGUUCCUGGAUGGGGUACGAGCUGCCUUUUGACAGGCACGACUGGAUCGUCAACCGCUGCGGGACAGAAGUCAGAUACGUCAUUGACUACUACGAUGGUGGCGAGGUCAACCACGACUACCAGUUCACCAUCUUGGACGUCCGGCCGGCUCUGGACUCGCUCUCGGCCGUGUGGGACCGGAUGAAGGUCUCUUGGUGGCGCUGGACUUCCUAACCACUGCUUCGUCACGCAUGGCAAUAUAUAAACUGCUUGUUUUUCUGAGCAAUACAUUAAACUACUUUCCCCAAACUGAA